UGAGUGUCCUCCGCCGCCCGCCCGCCCGCCCGCCCGGCAGCCCGGCCGGCGCGCGCACGCCGCGAGCCGCUGGCGCUCGGGGCUCCGCUCGGAUCUCAUGCAACAGCCAGGAUGUGAAGCGGGGCAGAGCCGGGGGAGCCCCGCCAGCCAGCCCGCUGCAGACGCUGCCCCUGCUGACGCCCAGUGAGGAGCCUCCCUUCCAGAGCCGGGGCCCAGCCCCUCGGGGCGGAGGGCGGAGGGCGGAGGUCGGCGGUCACCGACAACCGGCAAGCAUGGCGCCCGCCUGGGGCCCUGGCGUGGUGUCCGCGGUGGGCCCCGUGGGCCUUGUCCUGGUCCUGCUGGUUGGAGGCUGUGCUGCGGAAGAGCCCCCCAGGUUCAUCAAAGAACCCAAGGACCAGAUCGGCGUGUCGGGCGGCGUGGCCUCCUUCGUGUGCCAGGCCACGGGCGACCCCAGGCCCCGAGUGACCUGGAACAAGAAGGGCAAGAAGGUGAACUCGCAGCGCUUCGAGACAAUUGAGUUCGACGAGAGCUCGGGGGCCGUGCUGAGGAUCCAGCCCCUGCGGACGCCCCGCGAUGAGAACGUGUACGAGUGUGUAGCCCAGAACUCGGUGGGGGAGAUCACAGUGCACGCCAAGCUCACCGUCCUUCGAGAGGACCAGCUGCCCCCCGGCUUCCCCAACAUUGACAUGGGUCCGCAGUUGAAGGUGGUGGAACGGACACGCACGGCCACCAUGCUCUGUGCGGCCAGUGGCAACCCAGACCCAGAGAUCACGUGGUUCAAGGACUUCCUCCCUGUGGACCCCAGCGCCAGCCACGGGCGCAUCAAGCAGCUGCGAUCCGGGGCCCUGCAGAUCGAGAGCAGCGAGGAGACGGAUCAGGGCAAAUACGAGUGCGUGGCCACCAACAGUGCCGGCGUCCGCUACUCCUCGCCUGCCAACCUCUACGUGCGAGUCCGCCGCGUGGCCCCCCGCUUCUCCAUCCUCCCCAUGAGCCACGAGAUCAUGCCGGGGGGCAACGUGAACAUCACCUGCGUGGCGGUGGGCUCACCCAUGCCCUAUGUCAAGUGGAUGCAGGGCGCCGAGGACCUGACGCCCGAGGACGACAUGCCCGUGGGCCGCAACGUGCUGGAGCUCACGGACGUCAAGGACUCGGCCAACUACACGUGUGUGGCCAUGUCCAGCCUGGGCGUCAUUGAGGCUGUGGCCCAGAUCACCGUGAAGUCGCUCCCCAAGGCCCCCGGGACGCCCGUGGUGACCGAGAACACGGCCACCAGCAUCACCAUCACGUGGGACUCCGGCAACCCGGACCCCGUGUCCUACUACGUCAUCGAGUACAAGUCCAAGAGCCAGGACGGACCCUACCAGAUCAAGGAGGACAUAACCACCACGCGCUACAGCAUCGGCGGCCUCAGCCCCAACUCCGAGUACGAGAUCUGGGUGUCGGCCGUGAACUCCAUCGGCCAGGGGCCCCCCAGCGAGUCGGUGGUGACGCGCACCGGCGAGCAGGCACCGGCCAGCGCUCCGCGCAACGUGCAGGCCCGCAUGCUCAGCGCCUCCACCAUGAUCGUGCAGUGGGAGGAGCCCGUGGAGCCCAACGGGCUGAUCCGCGGCUACCGCGUGUACUACACCAUGGAGCCCGAGCACCCCGUGGGCAACUGGCAGAAGCACAAUGUGGACGACAGCCUGCUGACCACCGUGGGCAGCCUGCUGGAGGACGAGACCUACACCGUGCGGGUGCUGGCCUUCACGUCCGUGGGUGACGGGCCGCUGUCGGACCCCAUCCAGGUCAAGACGCAGCAGGGAGUGCCCGGCCAGCCCAUGAACCUGCGGGCGGAGGCCAAGUCUGAGACCAGCAUCGGGCUGUCCUGGAGCCCCCCGCGGCAGGAGAGCAUCAUCAAGUACGAGCUGCUCUUCCGUGAGGGCGACCGUGGCCGCGAGGUGGGCAGGACCUUCGAUCCUGCAACAGCCUUCGUGGUGGACGACCUCAAGCCCAACACGGAGUACGCCUUCCGCCUGGCGGCGCGCUCCCCGCAGGGCCUGGGCGCCUUCACCGCGCCCGUAAGACAGCGCACGCUGCCGUCCAAACCGUCAGCCCCCCCUCAAGACGUUAAAUGUACCAGCAUGCGCUCCACGGCCAUUCUGGUAAGUUGGCGCCCGCCGCCGCCGGACACGCACAACGGGGCCCUAGUGGGCUACAGCGUCCGCUACCGACCGCUGGGCUCGGACGACCCGGAACCCAGGGAGGUGAAUGGCAUCCCCCCGACCACCACCCAGAUCCUCCUGGAAGCCCUGGAGAAGUGGACUGAAUACCGUAUCACUGCCGUCGCUCACACAGAGGUGGGGCCAGGGCCCGAGAGCUCGCCCGUGGUCAUCCGCACCGAGGAGGACGUGCCCAGCGCGCCGCCGCGGAAGGUGGAGGCGGAGGCGCUCAACGCCACGGCCAUCCGCGUGCUGUGGCGCUCGCCCGCGCCCGGCCGGCACCACGGUCAGAUCCGCGGCUACCAGGUCCACUACGUGCGCAUGGAGGGCGCCGAGGCCCGCGGGCCGCCGCGCAUCAAGGAUGUGAUGCUGGCCGACGCCCAGUGGGAGAUGGACGACACUGCAGAAUAUGAAAUGGUCAUCACAAACCUCGAGCCCGAGACCGCGUACUCCAUCACAGUAGCUGCCUAUACCAUGAAAGGCGAUGGUGCUCGCAGCAAACCCAAGGUGGUGGUGACCAAGGGAGCAGUGCUGGGCCGCCCCACCCUCACGGUGCAGCAGACCCCGGAGGGCAGCCUCCUGGCACGCUGGGAGCCCCCGGUCGGCGUCCCCGCCGAGGACCAAGUGCUGGGCUACCGCCUGCAGUUCGGCCGGGAGGACAGUGCCCCACUGGCCACACUGGAGUUCCCGGCCUCCGAGGACCACUACAUGGCGGCGGGCGUGCACAAGGGGGCCACCUACGUGUUCCGGCUGGCAGCGCGCAGCCGUGGCGGCCUGGGCGAGGAGGCGGCUGAGGUCCUGAGCAUCCCCGAGGACGCGCCCCGCGGCCACCCGCAGAUCCUGGAGGCAGCUGGCAACGCCUCAGCCGGCACUGUCCUGCUCCGCUGGCUGCCACCCGUGCCCGCCGAGCGCAACGGGGCCAUCGUCAAGUACACGGUGGCCGUGCGGGAGGCCGGCGCCCCAGGGCCCCCCCGAGAGACAGAGCUGCCCGCGGCGGCCGAGCCCGGGGCCGAGAACACGCUCACCCUGCGGGGCCUCAAGCCCGACACGGCCUAUGACCUGCAAGUGCGAGCCCACACGCGCCGCGGCCCCGGCCCCUACAGCCCCCCUGUCCGCUACCGCACGUUCCUGCGGGACCAAGUCUCCCCCAAGAACUUCAAGGUGAAGAUGAUCAUGAAGACCUCGGUGCUGCUCAGCUGGGAAUUUCCUGACAACUACAACUCGCCCACACCCUACAAGAUCCAGUACAACGGGCUGACCCUGGACGUGGACGGCCGUACCACCAAGAAGCUCAUCACGCACCUCAAGCCCCACACCUUCUACAACUUCGUGCUGACCAACCGCGGCAGCAGCCUGGGCGGCCUGCAGCAGACGGUCACCGCCUGGACGGCCUUCAACAUGCUCAGCGGCAAGCCGGGCGUCUCCCCCAAGCCUGACCCUGAUGGCUACAUCUUUGUGUACCUGCCUGAUGGCCAGAGCCCCGUGCCUGUGCAGAACUAUUUCAUCGUGAUGGUGCCGCUGCGCAAGUCUCGCGGAGGCCAGUUCCUCACCCCGCUGGGCAGCCCGGAGGACAUGGAUCUGGAGGAGCUCAUCCAGGACAUCUCGAGGCUCCAGAGGAGGAGCCUGCGGCACUCGCGCCAGCUGGAGGUGCCCCGGCCCUACAUCGCCGCCCGCUUCUCAGUCCUGCCCCAAGUCUUCCGUCCCGGGGACCAGAAGCAGUAUGGUGGCUUUGACAACCGGGGCCUGGAGCCUGGCCACCGAUACGUCCUUUUUGUGCUUGCUGUGCUGCAGAAGAGUGAACCCACGUUCGCGGCCAGCCCCUUCUCGGACCCCUUCCAGCUGGACAACCCCGACCCCCAGCCCAUCGUGGACGGCGAGGAGGGGCUCAUCUGGGUGAUCGGGCCGGUGCUGGCCGUGGUCUUCAUCAUCUGCAUCGUCAUCGCCAUCCUGCUGUACAAGAACAAGCCGGACAGCAAACGCAAGGACUCCGAACCCCGCACCAAAUGCCUGCUCAACAACGCCGACCUGGCCCCGCACCACCCCAAGGACCCCGUGGAAAUGAGGCGCAUUAACUUCCAGACGCCAGACUCGGGCCUCAGCAGCCCCCUCAGGGAGCCGGGGUUUCACUCGGAAAGUAUGCUCAGCCACCCGCCCAUCCCCAUCGCAGACAUGGCCGAGCACACGGAGCGCCUCAAAGCCAACGACAGCCUCAAGCUGUCCCAGGAGUACGAGUCCAUCGACCCUGGGCAGCAGUUCACGUGGGAGCACUCCAACCUGGAGGUGAACAAGCCCAAAAACCGCUACGCCAACGUCAUCGCCUACGACCACUCCCGAGUUAUCCUGCAGCCCAUCGAAGGCAUCGUGGGCAGUGAUUACAUCAACGCCAACUACGUGGACGGCUACCGGCGGCAGAACGCCUACAUCGCCACGCAGGGGCCCCUGCCGGAGACUUUCGGGGACUUCUGGCGGAUGGUGUGGGAGCAGCGGUCAGCCACCAUCGUCAUGAUGACGCGGCUGGAGGAGAAGUCGCGGAUAAAGUGUGACCAGUACUGGCCCAACCGAGGCACGGAGACCUACGGCUUCAUCCAGGUCACCCUGCUGGACACCAUCGAGCUGGCCACCUUCUGCGUGAGGACCUUCUCCUUGCACAAGAACGGCUCUAGCGAGAAGCGCGAGGUCCGCCAGUUCCAGUUCACGGCGUGGCCGGACCACGGGGUCCCCGAGUACCCGACGCCCUUCCUGGCUUUCCUGCGCCGGGUGAAGACCUGCAACCCGCCUGACGCCGGCCCCAUCGUGGUGCACUGCAGCGCCGGCGUGGGCCGCACAGGCUGCUUCAUCGUCAUCGACGCCAUGCUGGAGCGCAUCAAGCCCGAGAAGACGGUGGACGUGUACGGCCACGUGACACUCAUGCGCUCCCAGCGCAACUACAUGGUGCAGACCGAGGACCAGUACAGCUUCAUCCACGAGGCGCUGCUCGAGGCCGUGGGCUGCGGCAACACCGAGGUCCCCGCACGCAGCCUCUACAGCUACAUCCAGAAGCUGGCGCAGGUGGAGCCCGGCGAGCACGUCACCGGCAUGGAGCUGGAGUUCAAGCGCCUGGCGAACUCAAAGGCGCACACGUCCCGCUUCAUCAGUGCCAACCUGCCCUGCAACAAGUUCAAGAACCGCCUGGUGAACAUCAUGCCCUAUGAGAGCACCCGCGUCUGUCUGCAGCCCAUCCGAGGUGUGGAGGGCUCGGAUUACAUCAACGCCAGUUUCAUCGACGGCUACAGGCAGCAGAAGGCCUACAUCGCCACCCAGGGCCCCCUGGCGGAGACCACAGAGGACUUCUGGCGCAUGCUAUGGGAAAACAAUUCCACCAUCGUGGUGAUGCUAACUAAGCUUCGAGAGAUGGGCCGGGAGAAGUGUCACCAGUACUGGCCAGCCGAGCGCUCCGCCCGUUACCAGUACUUUGUGGUGGAUCCUAUGGCGGAGUACAACAUGCCACAGUACAUCCUCCGGGAGUUCAAGGUCACCGACGCCCGGGACGGCCAGUCACGCACCGUGCGGCAGUUCCAGUUCACCGACUGGCCGGAGCAGGGCGUGCCCAAGUCGGGCGAGGGCUUCAUUGACUUCAUCGGCCAGGUGCACAAGACCAAGGAGCAGUUCGGCCAGGACGGGCCCAUCUCGGUGCACUGCAGCGCUGGCGUGGGCAGGACGGGCGUGUUCAUCACCCUGAGCAUCGUGCUGGAGCGCAUGCGCUACGAGGGCGUGGUGGACAUUUUCCAGACCGUGAAGAUGCUGCGGACCCAGCGGCCGGCCAUGGUGCAGACGGAGGACGAGCACCACUUCUGCUACCAGGCGUCGCUCGAGUACCUCGGCAGCUUCGACCACUAUGCAACAUAAGCCAUGAGGUCCCGCCGAGGCCCGGCGGGCGGGCGGGCGGGCGGAUGGACGGGCUGCCGGGCUGCGGGGCCGGGUGGCCUCCGGACGCCCCACCUGAGCCGGCCCUCCGCCGUCACACACUUGGAACAUUCCUCGUUUCCUGCGAUUCCAAACCAAGACUGGGGUGGGGGUGGGGGGUCGGCACGCAGUCGGGGAUCCCCAGACCCCAGGGGGUGGGGUGCGGCCGGGGACCUUGCCCUGCCGGAGCCUCCUUCCCUGGGGCGCCGGGCCAGCGUGGGGGCGAGGGCGCAGCCCAGCUUUCUUUUCAACCUUUCAGUGUAACUGUAUCCGGUGACAUUUCUUUUUUUUUUUUUUUCUUUUUUUUUUUAAAUAGUGUAUUUUUUUCCAUUUUUUUUUAAAGAAGAAAAAACAAAAACAAACAAAAAAAAAGACUUGCCAGUCAGUGACUUUGAAAAAGAACAAUUUUGCUUUUCAUAUUCUGUUCAAAGACAGUCUAUUUUUUCACGGUAGAAAAUGACCUUUGUGAUCGAUUGGUCAGUCGGAGAACGCCUGCACCCAGGCCUGCGGCCACCCCCACUCAGGCUGGCUCCCCAGUUUCCCUGCCCAGCAUCGCAAGCUGUGCCUACCCCGCCCACCGCCCGCGUAAGAAUGAGGCCUCCUUGUCUUAUUUGUAUUCUUCCUUUGCCCCGACUUUUUUUUUUCUAUUAAAUUUUCAGACAUAUCAAGUACAGUCCUGAGGGUGGGGACAGCAGCUAGCUCAGACCCUCCAGGGACAGGGCCCCGUCCCCCCAUGGCAGCCCGAGCAUCCCUCUGCACCCGGAGGGCACCGGGCGGAUGCAAGGGCCCCACUGUGCCCUUUGCCCCGCAUAGCGGGGACCAGUGGGCACCAGCGCAGGUCCGGCUGCCCAUCCCGCCGGGUCUGCAUUGCUGUGACACUCACCCAGCGGACCCCUGGGUGGCUUCCACCUCUAUGUAGAUAAACCGACUUUGUAUUAAAGGGAGAUGACCGA